UCUUGCUCUCUGAGGUAUUUCCGGAUGUUCGUGGAAAAGCACGCAAGUUUAUACAAGUUUAAAGUGGGCACGGCUGGAACCGCGUCUUUUUCGUUAAAAUUGAAGAAAACAUGUCGACGAGCGCAUUGCCUUGGAGGAAGAGGAGCUUCGAUGAAUUUGAAUCUCCAAUUCCAGUCAAACGGUUUAAUUACUAUCGAUUAGAAAGUGAGAGCUCUCCUGGGAGUGCUGAUGAUACUGAAAGCAUUCACAGCAUCCAGGAUAAAGAGACUGACAUAGUGAGGGAUACAUCGGAUACGAGGUCAGAUUCGUCUGAAUACGAUGUAGACAUCGAAUAUGAAAUUGAGACUUUAUCUGAAGGUGAUGAUAAUAUCAUCAUCUAUGACUCUUCUGGCGAAUCUGAGGGGGUUAUGUAUGCAGCUGCCGUUGUUGGAGACAGCUCGCUGGAAACUUUUAUCACCGAUGCCGAAGACUCAGACAACAGCAGACAGGGCGAUUCCUCUUCAGGACUCACGGAUUUUUGGAUUUGCAUACAAUGCAAAUCACAAAACGAUAAUCCACAAUUUAGGUUCUGCGAUAAAUGCUUCCAGGAUCGAAAGGCGUUCUUUCCACCACGACCGAGGCGGCGCAAAAAAGCCGAAAGGAGUAAAGAAAAACCCCACUUCCCGGUCAAAUUAGACGCCUUACAGUCAUGUCUCAAAGGCUUAUCCCAGGAUUCUGGAAUUGGUUCCAGUCAAGAGUUUGGAUCGCUCGGUCUUGAUCAGAUCGUCAUCCCCAACAUCGAAAAUCCAUCAACUAGUCUCGAAAAUGAAGGAAAGAACCGGAAACGACAAAUUUCUGAAAGUAGUCUUUCGGACGAGUAUGAAGAGAAACGUCCAAGGAAACAACCGAAAACCAAGGAUGAAAAUGCCGAAGAAAAGCUGAAAUCGAAGAAAAGCGGUGAUGAGAGCGAUCAAGCGAAGAAUGCAACGAGUGAAAAAAGUUGUGUCGUGUUGGACGAGGAGACGCUGCCGCCAAAGUCGCCUGAAGCGGAUCAAAUAAAAGGUCCUUUACCUGAGUUAAAAGAGGACUGUAUCAUGUGUAAUGUUAAACCUAAAAAUAGUGUUUUUUUGCACGGACGUAUCGCACAUAUGUGUUGUUGUUACAGUUGCGCAAUGCGAACAUGGAAAUCAUUAAAAAGGUGCCCCAUAUGCCAACGUAAAGUUAGUAACGUGGUUAGGGUAUUCACCACUUAGUUUAGUUUAAUAAUUUAGGUGUACAGAAUAAAUUGUAAUUACAGAAUAAAUAUUAAUUUAUUAAGACUAGGUUAGAUAGGAAAUAAAGCGUCUCAAAAACUUAAAGAGUGUAACUAAACCAAAGAUUCUGGAUAUCAUUAGAUUUAUAGUUUGUCCUAUAAGUUGCCAUAUUUUUUAACGAAAUUUUGUUUCGUGCCUUAAAACAACAUUUGUUAAAUUUUGGAAAUUUUGAGUAAUGUUCUAUGGGAACACUCUUUAGAUUUUUGAAAUGCUAUACACGGGUUAAAAAAUUGUAAGGUACGCUUUUGUUUAUUUUACUGGGUUGGGGCAUUACAAAAGUCUUAAAGACAUUCACAUUAAGCUUAUUUUUUCAGUCACUGAUAUUAUUUCUACCUAAUUUGUUGUAGAGGUACAUAUCCUUUUAAGAACUCGAAUUGUUUUUUAUGAUUCACUCAUAAAAAAUUUAUUCACAUGAAAUUAAUUAGUUUUUCAGUUAUUAUUUUUUCAAGUUUGUUUAAUGUACUCAUUACAAUGAGAAACUGUGGUGCAAUUUAACAAAUUUUGUUUUUUAACAAUUAAAUCAGAGUAAUUAAAAUUGAGUUUUUUCCUUUCAAUUUUUCCAAGUACAUACUUAACAAAAUUAUUUUAUUUGGCCGAGCUUAGUGUAGGACAACAACAACCACUCAUCAAAGUGCGAGAUUUUUAUUCAAACUGCUACAUCAUUGGAGUAAUAGUUCCUGUUUAAUGUUUUCAGAAAUGGAAUUGCGCGCGUGGUACUUUGAGAAGUAUUCUGAGGAAACUCAACAGGUGAUGCCACCUCUAGAUCAUUGAGUGCGAAAGGUUGCUUUGGUGAAUAUUUUGGCGAAAACACGGUUACGGGUGUUUUUGUUGUUAAGAAAGUAGCG